UUUUUUGCAGCAUCAGUACCGCGUUCGGAAUCGCAUUCGUGUGCUGGAGUCAGAGCGCGCUGCGGGGCAUCACUGCACCGCCACGGAGGACACACCAUCACAGAACCAGGAACAGGGAAAAGGGGAAAAGGCGUGAAAUAGUGCAGAGGGGGAAGAGCAGGGCGCCCGUUUUUUUCCCUCAAAUCACCUAAAUCCGUGGGAAAUUAAACAGGAGCCCGACACUCGCUAAUAAUAAAUCCACGAACGCAGCGGACAUCUCAAGCGAUAUUUUUGGCCAGCACGGCGGGGAAAAAUGAAGGAUCGCACGCAGGAACUACGAAGUGCUAAGGACAGUGACGAUGAUGAGGAAGUCGUUCAUGUCGACCGAGACCACUUUAUGGAUGAAUUUUUCGAACAGGUGGAGGAGAUCCGUGGCUGUAUUGAAAAGCUGUCAGAGGAUGUAGAACAGGUCAAGAAGCAGCACAGUGCCAUCCUAGCAGCACCCAACCCUGAUGAAAAGACCAAGCAGGAGUUGGAGGACCUCACAGCUGACAUUAAGAAGACAGCCAAUAAAGUGCGCUCUAAAUUAAAAGCAAUCGAACAAAGUAUCGAGCAAGAGGAGGGGUUGAACAGAUCAUCUGCAGAUUUGCGGAUCCGCAAGACACAGCAUUCCACGCUGUCACGCAAGUUUGUGGAGGUGAUGACGGAGUACAACACCACGCAGUCCAAAUACAGGGACCGCUGCAAGGACCGUAUUCAGAGACAACUGGAAAUUACUGGCAGAACAACUACCAACGAGGAGCUGGAAGACAUGUUGGAGAGCGGGAAGCUUGCUAUCUUUACUGAUGAUAUCAAAAUGGACUCCCAGAUGACCAAGCAGGCACUAAAUGAGAUUGAGACCCGACACACUGAGAUCAUCAAGUUGGAGAACAGCAUCCGUGAGCUGCACGACAUGUUUGUGGACAUGGCCAUGCUGGUGGAGAGUCAGGGAGAGAUGAUUGACAGAAUUGAGUACAACGUGGAACACUCUGUGGACUAUGUAGAGAGAGCAGUUUCUGACACCAAGAAGGCUGUCAAAUACCAGAGUCAGGCACGCAAGAAGAAGAUCAUGAUCAUCAUCUGCUGUGUAAUUUUGGGAGUGGUUUUGGCGUCCAGUAUCGGAGGAACCCUGGGCUUCUAAACGACACGAAGCGAGACAAACACUUGGAAAGCUGAGUGUUUUAUCCACUUAAACACGAGAUAAGGAAACUGUCAUAAAAUGGGGGUUGGGUAGGGUACAAAUCGAAUAUUCAAAAAUCAAACAAUCAAAAAAAUAAAUAAAUAAAGGAGAUGUUACGUACUAGCUGAUUUAAAUAUAUACAAAAAUGGGUUCAAAUACAACAUAAUAUUUACGAACUGUACAUGUAAAUGUAUUGAACAUAAAGCAGCACAUGGGUUACUACCUGUAAAGGAAUAAAAAUCAAUUUUUGUUUUUAUUUUAUUUUUUUAGCGUUGCUUUCAUUUUUGGGGGGGCCUCCAGGACAGUGCCAGCAACUGCUAAAUUGUUUUACGUUCCGGCAGAACAUGGUGUUUGGCAAACCAUACUAGCAUACUACGAAUACUAACCAACCGACUGCAUAGAUGUUAUAGAUAGUAGUACUAGUCCGAUUUCAAUGGCCUAAUGUUCCGAGUGGUUGCUUGCAUUCAGAAGAAAUCUCUCAUUAUUACAUUAUUAGCUCAUUACCGAUAGAGUGCUGUCCUUUUAAAGCACCGUCAACCUCAUAGCCGAAUUUCUGUCGUAAUACAUUUACCGUGGGCAACCGCAAACAAACGAAGAAUAAAAGAACUAAGAAGCACACGUUUCGAAAUGUGAGAGGAAGCGAUAUCACCAAGUUUGUACAUGAAGAUGAUUUUCUUUUGACUUCAUUUGCUGUUUACUGGGAUCGAUAGGGUGGCAUUGCGCAAACUGUUGAACUAUGCAGUUUUGAUAGUGAUUCGCCCCUGCUUUUAUGAAUUAAUUCACGAUUCUGAACGAGACAAAAUGUAUUUGUCUACGUCGAAGACUUUGAGAAAUGUCAAUACUUGAAGCAACCUAGCCUAAAUACAUUAUCUUUCGGAGGGUGGUUAGGUCUGCUAAAAAUGAACUUUCCUGAACGGUAUUUUACGUUCGUUUUGCGCUUUUUUAUUUGCCUUGUUUCAUUACUUGCAUAUAUAUUUUACAAAAUACAAAGGAUGGGCUUGAACAGGACCGGUUUUGAAGGAUCGAUUUGGGAGUUUGCCUGACGUUUCACCUUGGUGCUAGUUAACGAAGAGACUAAUAAAAUUAACUACGGGGACGUGAUAGACACUCUUAGAUCCUUAUUAUUAAAUUCUACAUAUCUAAAACAACGGGAGUAGUAGCGGCGGAGACAUCGAUGAGCUAUCUGACGAUGCAUUCUUCAGUUCAAUUGAAGAAACCUGUACGGCUGGUCAGGAUACUUAAUAUGCAGUGACUAUAUAUGAAGACAUUUACACAAACUUAGCUCAAAUUUAACUCUGAAUGCCCAGAAAGACAGCAUCUUGAGAUAACUCUAGCUUAGAAUAAGGCGCUUCGAUUUACUUUUCUCGGAAACGGGAAUCAGCUGAUGCAUCCUUUUCUUUGCGUGCCAGCUUGUUUUAAAUUCAAGGGCUAAAAUAAAAAAAACCAAACUUUAGCUCUGUUUUUUCUUUUGAUGAGGAAUCCCUCCUGACUUGAUUCGGAUUCGUCGCACUCUUAAGACGCCCUUACCCUCAUGCUCAUGACGUUCAUGACAUGUACUAGCAACUCUGAAAGUGCACUCCUUUUCUCAAAACGGACUUCAUUUUCCAUGUACUGCUUAUCAUAGAAUAUAUAACAGGAGCCCCCCCACCCCGUCCCGCCAACCGUUUACCUACCCAAAGCAAAGUAGUAGGGAACAGGAACGAUUUUGGGGAUAAAUACUGUAUACACUUUUUACGAAGCCUGAGGCAGAGGGCCGGGACUAUUUUGCUUUAAUCAUUCCAGUAACGUCCAGCAUGUUUUCUUUGAAACUUCUGUGUAUUUAGUGUCGAAUCACUUACAUGUAUGGUAAAAUGAGGUAAAUAUGUAUGUCGGUGUUGUUUUUUAGUAGACGAUAUAGCUGGAAGGCCCUUAUUUGUUAACGCAUGCAACUUUCGCUUUGUUAGUUUGCAUGGCUCUCGAUCAUGUGUGCACUUUACAAUCAAAGAAAACAAUGUCUUAUGCCGCCACAUUUUUUGGGUUGUACCGUUUUACGUUUUGUUACUAUGUUUGUUUUUCUUUGUGAUUAUUUAUUAUGACUCUCUAAGGGUUGGAUGGGGGGGGGAUUGACUUCAUUUAAUAGUUCUGCUGCCUAUUUCAUCAUGACCCUGACGAUGCUGGAGUUUUACCGUGGUCCCCAUGAAUGUGUUCCCUGUGGAUGUGCACAUGAAUACAAAAAUCUGUUUGUUGUCGGGUAUUUUGUUCCGAAACCGCGUCCAUAUUGUAAAACGACGAUGUUUUUCCCCCCUCCUCACCCUCUGGAAACACUCCGGGUACGAAUCAUUUUUGCGCAUCUUGUUCAUUUUCCCUAUUCCCCCCGAUGUUUUCCCGAACUUGAUUGUUGUGCUUAACUGGUGAUGAUAUGUGAAUUCUUUCGUAAGACUAUUCUUUAUUGUGAGUCGUGUGCUGCGGUGUCGAAUUGUGCAACUCAAAAGGCCAUGUAUGCGUGCCCUGUCCCUUCGGCAUUUUUUCCUUUUUUACGUACACGUUGCUGUAUAUGUGAGCAUGAGCAUUUGUGUGUGUGUGGUUGUGUGUGCGCGUGUGCGUGCUCGUCUGCUGUCGGAGCCCUCGGGCGCAAGGGGCUUCUCUGGUCUGCAGGUCUAUGGUAUGCAGCUCUAGCGCUCCAGUUCUGUGCCGACUUCAUUCAAAUGUUAAGAAAAGUAAUAAGACUAAAAAGCCAAAGCGUUAUGCGAGUACAGAGCACAAUGUUACAGUCGACUGUAUUGUGUAGUCCUCCCUGCCCGUAAAUCUUGUGAACUCUCUUGCGUAUACAUUGACACUGUUUUCAAUUCAGUUCUCGAUAUAUAGGUUUGUUUAUUUCUAUUCAUUCUGAACAAUAUGUAUGAUGUAUACUACACAAGCUUGUUCGUUUUAAAGCACUUUCUCCGAAAACAGCUACGUACAAAACAGAUAUCCCCCCAACGAUGUUCAAAUGUUGUGUGUACUGUAUGUUUUUUUAUUUCUUUUCGCCCCUUCGAUGAUGCUGUUUGUGUUGGCAUUUUCCCCCUUGUUCAACUCACUUGCAUUGCUUCCUCUGUGCUGGCAAUACAUUAGACGUAGACAUUAGAUCAGCUCUGGUUAAAAGAAAAUGAAAUAAAAAAAAAAAAACUGUAUACUAACAUGGGCACAGAUCUGGAUGAAAGUUUUCUCAGUUGUCUUAUUUUCGAUUUUCAACACUGUUUUUGGAUGUUCGUCACACAGACACUGAUAUGACCAGACAGCACUGGCAUAACACAGCACAUUGAGAAGGCAUUUUGUAAAUGAGUGAAAAUUACAAACUACUAUAUAUUAAAGAAAAAAAAAUAAAAAACAAUGUACCUUUUAGAGCUUAACUGCAUAAUAGUCUUUUUGGUUGGGGUUGUUGAGUGGCUCAUCACUGCAGGUGAAUAAAAAACCCUUACGCCCAAUCCACAUGAGACUGCUUUGUGGAUUGUACCGCUUGCUUUAGUAGCUCUCAAAGACUUUUACGUUAACCGACACGACUUCUCGGUUCCAAGACCUGCGAUCGUGAUUUUUCUCAGCAGCCCCAGCCAUGAUCCUCCUUAAUUUCAUCCCCUUUUGUGUCAUUCCUUUGAUGUAUAUUCCCAUUAAACUUUAUACCAGUAUUCUUGUUUCAGUGUUAGAUUUAGAACGAGGAAACGGUUUGUGGAGAUGGUGCUCAAACUGUGAUUUCAGCAAAAUGAUCAUCAAUUACAGAGAACGGCCUGUAAUGAUGUGAUGAAAACACUAUUCUAAUUAGAACGGGAAGAUGACUGGAUAAGGAUGACAUAAUUGAAUUAUACCAUUAUCAAAUGUGAUGAAUUAUAUAACUACGAUGAUUUAAAGAAUCCCGAGAAGUUGUGUUAUAUUAGUAGUACUAUUGAAUGCUCGCGAUUUUGUCAAUCUGAACUGAAUCUUUGUCUUGUAAUUAUUGUAAAUAUUUCAACGAGAGAAAAAAUGACUUGCAUGUCCAUGUAUAAAACUACUAAAAUAGUUCCUGUCAAAGUUGUGAGGUUGAUUGAUUUUCUUGUUCUUUGCCCUGGUCGCGGCGCUUUGCCGCGCUAAAGCAGCAUCCGACGCUUUCAAGGGUGCUCUGUAACGAAGAAAAGGAACGAUGCUUUACCAUUCAAUACCAAUACGUUGUGUUACCUCAGAGAGCCAUUACCGGUUCAACUCUGGGGGAAAAAAGUGCUUCCCUCCAUGUACACCAUCGAUAGGUCUACAGGUCAAAUGCACACCAUCUGUAGCUUCCAGGCACCUUGAAUGCUUUUCUUUGCAGAGGUCCACCACAUUGGCAAUGGCAAAUUUAGAAUUAGUGGCAUUUUUGUGCAUUUCGUGAUACGCUUUCAUCAGUGUCGGUUAGAAAACCUUGCGUGCGUAGACUGUAGCAUGGCUGAAACGCAAAAGCUCUAAUUAAAUGUGACGCGGGAUGAGCUCUGCUCUCAUUCUUGGGAUUUGGAAGUUUUCUUUCAAAGUACAGUAGGAAAACAAUAAUGCUCGAAGCAAACAGAAAAACACUCAUCUGUGCAAUACAAAGAAAAGGGCUUUCUCACACACGCAUUCGAAAGCACCGAAGAACACCGACUUCAAUAUUAUUGUGGGAGUUGAGGGAAACAACAGCCACUAGCCGUGGUUCCAGUCGCCUUUUACAUGUCGCCGAACGUCUUCUCGCCCAACUAAGUUUGAAAGCGCAUUCAGGGCCGAAACCACAAUGAGAUGGGCACCAAGGAUGGGAAGGAAGAAAUUAAAUCGAUUUCUGCAACUUUGACUGGAAUUGCAACUUCUGUCUUUUAUUUUCUGUGUGUGUAUGUGUGUACUGUAUUGUAAAAAAAGGAAAAAGAUACAAACAAACAACAUAACUGUCCCUCUCUCCCCCUUCUCUCUUGUAAUACUGUUUGCUGUUCUGUUUGGUUAGUGUGGCGUACCAGUAUCCCUCUCCUCCUCUGAAACCCUUUGCUAUCUUCCUCCCUUCUCUCACAAUCUCUCUCUCUCUCUCUCUCUCUCUCCCUCUUUUCUCCAUGGAUCUUUAAGAUGAGAACUCUAUGCAGAUGCUGUCUUUUAUAAGUGUGUCAAAAUUUUAAGUUGAAAUGAAAAAUGAAAAAAGAAAAACCCCAACAAACAGAUAUUAUGAACUGAAACAAAAAAUAAAGAAAAACGAUUGUCCAGUGUACAA